AUGAUGAAUUUACAUCAACAGUUAAAACAGCAGAAUUUCGGAUCUAACAACAAUAGUUCCGAUCAAAGUGCAACGAAUUCAGUCUUUUACUCUUCUGAUGCUUCAAAAUCCUCACCAGUCCCACAGGCUCAUUUCUCUAUGGCACAACAGCAUCAACAAGUAUUGUCAUUAUCAGUAAACACAAAUCCAGCACACAUAUACAAUACCACUGAUCUUGGUUCUUCACCCUCUGUGGUAACAUCUCAUCAUGCUGAUUUGGCUUCUUCAGCGUUGCCGAUGAUGAACUCACCAAAUACUUUGACGCAGACCUCUAUACACAACAACACAAAUACCAACGUCAAUGAUAGUACACUGCACUUAGUAUCCACGAACAAUCAGUUACCUGAGUCUAUUGCCACCGAAAACACGAACAACACAACUCCAACUGCUGCUACAGUAACAACAACCAUUUCUGAACAUGCCAACAAUACAACUAUGUUCGAACAACAAAUGACUAUAACUUACAAUGCUGAACAUCAUAAAAAUUCACAAUUGCAUCAGUUACAACAACAGCAGCAGCCACAAUUACAGCAGCAUCAGCAGCUACAAUCGCCACAAGAAAUUCAGGCACAAAUUCAGGUACAACAUCAACAGCAGGUUCAAGCGCAAAUGGAAGCACAUGCCCAUGUUCAAAUGCAAGCUCUUGCUGAAGCUCACCAUGCCCAGUCUCAAGCGCAAGCACAUGUUCGGGCACAGGCACAGGCAGUACAGCAAGCCCAUGUACAAUUGAUAGCUCAUCAACAGCAGCAAAUUCGGGACAGUGUGCAACAACAACAACAACAACAACAACUGAUAAACGGUAUGCUAAUUUCUCAGCAGCAGCAACAACAUGCUCAACCAAUUGUACCUUCGCAAAAUACUACUGCUGAACAACACCAACAACAGCAAUUAUUACAACAAAGUAUAGACGAAGAAAACGAACGUGUUGCUGCUGCAGCUCAGCAAGUAAUGGCUCAACAAAUGGCACAGCAAUAUGCUUUGUUGCACAAACAGCAGCAGCAGCAUCAAUUGCAUCAACAGUUAUUAUCUAGCCCAUCUAAUAACAGCAAUGAGGCUUUAUCGCAACAGUCCCCGGCAACCGCAAAUACUCCUAUCUCACACGAGCUGAUAACUGAUGGCAAUCCUAAUGAUUUACUCUCCCAACAGCAACAGCAUAUUGCUGUCGGCUCUACUGGAGGUACGGCGUCUGCUGCGACAGUAUUACCAAGCCAUACUGCUGCUGCUGCCACCACACAAGAAGCUCCCCACAUCGUUUUAUCACAAAUCAAUGCAACAAGUCUUGGUAACAAUAGCAAUAGCAGUGGUAAUAGCAGUGUCGCUACAACGCCUACGGCUGCUGUCAUAAAUCCACUUCCGACUACAAUGCAACAUCAGGUGGUGAAGAGUGACAAUAUCUCUUUACAUAAUGCUAUUGUUCAACAACAAUUUCAUCAACAGCAGCAGCAACAACAUUUGCAAAAUAAUAUUUAUUCUAUAAACGAGAGUACCACAUCUUUAUGUGGAACAAAACGGAAUGUAACUGACACUCAAGCUUCAGGAGUUUCUCUUACUCGUAGAAAAUCAAGAAGGCAUACUGUCUCUAGCUCUCAUCCACCCACCUUGAAUAUUGACACCCAUAACUUAAUGAAUAUGAAUUCUCCUCGGUCAGCCGCUGCAUUAUCACAACAGCAGUUUUUUCAACAACAAUUACAACAGCAACAGCAACAGCUGCAAAUACAACAGCAGCAGCAGCAACAACAACAACAACAACAACAACAACAACAUCAAGCUCAGCAAGCAUUGAAACAGCUACAAGAACAACAUUUUAUUUCUCAGCCUUUACAAACCACUCAGUCCUUACCCUCACAAAUAUCACCGCUUAAUUCACAAAAUUUGCAACAGCAUCAAUAUAUGAAGGGUAAUAUUAGCAAUAGUAGUCUGAGUAAUGAUACUUUGCUGAUGGAAAUAGAUAGCAACCAGCAAGAGACAGUAGCCGUAAAAAAAGAAAGUUUUGUUAGUCUUCAACAAAAGCCUGUCGUAGGUAAAAUUUCUUUGCCGCCAAAGCCCACACCUCAAGAAUUAGGCUUACAGCAACAGUUCUCUAUGGUACAAUCAGCUCCAGUAGUUGCAACAGCAACAGAUAAUAAUAUAAAGCUUAACAAUAAUACAUUCACUGUCGAUCAGGAAGAAAGUAAAUCAGCGGAUCAUCCCGCGACUAAUUUGGAAGGCAGUUCAACAGGCACUUCUGCGAAGGACUACGAAAAUAUGUCAAGAGAACAGUUAAUCGCGCGGCUUAUCGUUCUUGAGAACCAAAAGAAGAGAAAUACUGAUGAGAAAAUGGAUGAAAAAGCUAUGGAUAUUGAAGAAGACGCAGAAGAAAUUAAAUUAGAGACAGUAACAACAACAGCAGCAACAACGGUUAGUGCAGGUACUACUAAACAAGAAACAGUCACUGAAGUUGCUGAUGAUGAUGAGGAAACACCCGGUGAAGAUGAAGAAGACGAGGACGACGACGACGAGCGGUCACUUUCCGCAGCUGAUGAAAACUCUAUAACAACAGCAACAACGAACACUACCACGACACCACCUGCUCAAAAUGAUAACAGCAAUAUUAAUAAUGCAAUCAGCAGUAACCCUGCACAGCAGAAAAUUCAUUCUACUCCAGAUGUUGCUACUGAAGAUGAUACUAAUAACGGACCUAAACAGUGUAAAUGGAAAGAUUGCGGUGAAAUGUUUGGUGAUUUAAAACAAUUGAUAACUCAUUUGAACGAUACGCAUGUUGGCAGUGGGAAGCCUACUUACUGCUGUCAAUGGGAAGGAUGCGCGAGAAAUGAGAAACCUUUUGUAAAACGCCAUAAAAUGUACAACCAUCUUCGCACACAUACUGGUGAGAGGCCGUUUGUCUGCGAUAGACCCGGUUGCGGCAAAAAGUUCUCGCGUCCAGACUCGUUAACAACGCAUAUUAAAACCCAUUCAAAUGUUCGACCUUUUAUAUGUUCAAAUAAGGGAUGUACAAAAGCUUAUUAUCAUGCCAGAUCCCUGAAGAAACAUGAGAAAACACACGAACUAGAAGAAGCUGCACGAAUUGCCUCUAAUAAUAUUGCCGAGAAUGCAACAGUGAUUGAUGGCAGUAAUAGAGCAGCAAUAAUCAAUUCGAUGCUACCAACAUCAGAUAAUAAUGCGAUUCAUCAACGACUCCAAACAGAUUCAGUAGCACAAGUUCAAACACAGAUGCAAGUCCAGGUACAGCAAGCCCAAGCUCAAGCGGUGGCAGUAGCAGCAGCCCAGGCAGCCAUGACCAACUUAUCACCUUUUAGUACGGCUAGUGCACCGGCGACUGUUACUCCAGCUUUACUUUCUAAUAGCAAUGUACCUAUGGAUUACCUAAAUAGUCAGCUAAAUGCUAACACCAUUGGGAGUAAUAGUAGUACACUUCAGCAGCAGUUGCCGAUAAUGAGUAACAGUCAUUCAUUACCGAAUACACCGCUUACCGCUAGUACUCCUGCUUUACAACAACAAUCACAGCAACAAACAAACUAUACUUCAAUACAAUCUCAAACACCAUUGGCUACGGCAACUCCACCUUUACCACCAUCAAAUUAUACCCAGGACAAUAAUAAUGCUACGUCUAUCAAUACUACUGCUCAAUAUCAUACUUCUGUUUUAACAUUUUCUCCAGCUGGUUUGGUUGAACAACAACAGCAAAGUAGCAUCAUAACUCAGCAACAGCAAUAG